AUGUCCUUCCGGCCACAAUUCGCUUCCCGCUCGCCCUCGCGCGAUGCUCCUCGAAGUGGUGCCCCUUCCCCGCGCGUCGAACAUUUUGAUGGUGAAAUUCCCCCUGCGUUGUCCCCCCUCGAUGCGUUUGCUGCCCAAGGCCGCCUGUUGGCCCGCCAGCUGGAAGAGUCUGCGCGAAGAGAUCGACGUAUGAGCCGAUUGCCUCCUGCCAGUGUUGCACGCUCUUUAUCGCAACCUCGACCUGGUUACUUUCGAUCACCAUCGUCGGGCGAUUCUUCGCAAGGAGGAGGAGGAGGAGGAGGAGGGGGGGGACCUCCGGGAAUAUCAAGGCAGCCAACCCAAAAAGCCCGUCCUGAGGUGGAGGAGCCCAAGUUUCGUCCCCAGUCCGAACAUCCUCGUUUGAGCGCCAUAUCGAAUUUCACUGGCGAAAGCAACCUCUCGAAUGACGAAGAUGCGACUCCUAAGAAUGAGUCUCCGGUUCUCGAGAACGAAGGGUUUGCCUUUGAUGCAGUUCGAGCAGAGUCUCCAGAGGAGGACAUGUCCAUUGCAGUAGAAGGACCGCGCCGCUAUUAUGCCCCAUCUCCUGUCGGCUAUCCCUUGGCUGGGCCCUCCAUGAACUCUUCGACUGAUUCCGCUUCCCGACUCAAUAUUCCCCGAGGUCUAGCGCCCCCAGUUUCGCCCAUGUCUCGACCCUCCAGCAGUUCUCGGGGUACCCAACCAGAGAGCUCCGAUGAUGAUUAUAGUAGUUCCAAUGCCGGUUCAACCUUCUCGAAGCCACGCAAGUUGUCAUCAAGUAGCGCCAUGUCAUUGCCGUAUUCUCCAAUGUCUACCAUGGCCCGUUCGCAUCCUCGAUCGCCCUCUAUUAGUUCCGAGGCUUCGAACACUGGAGGGAAUCUUUCACGCCCGUCCUAUAACUUUUCGCGCCCUCUCAGCAGAUCUAGCACAAGCUUGUCCGCUCCUGCAAAAACUCCGACGUCGGAUCAUGCACAUAGCCUGCAGAGCAUAAUGAAUCGCAGCAACAAACCUAACCCAAUCGUGGUGCCAACUCACAUGGACUUGUCUCGCAGUCUACACGAGGACCCAUCGUCAGUAUCUUCGUAUAUAUAUGCAAAGUACGCCCUUCCGCGUGGACGAGUCAUGUCGAGGGACUCGAUUGUAUUCUCCGGACUACAAACACCCCAUUUCGAGUGGCAAGAGCCCUUGUUCGAAAGCCCAGAACGUCCGAGGACGGCAGAGCCCCAGAUGGCUGCAAGAACGCCUUCUCCUUCUCCAUCGCGCCAGGAGUCAAUUGCUUCCCGGAAGCCCCCUUCGGUUAACGAAUCCCCAGCCCCCGAAAACAAGAUUCUUACACCGCAAAAGUCUGCAUCUCCCUCCCAAAAUACGCUGACCCCCGAGAAGGCGCAGCCCGAACAUGUACCACCCCGUGCACAAAGCUCGGAAACCACCCGAACUGAGGAUCAUUUGGAGACGACCUCUUCUGCAGACUCAGCGUCUACACUCCGACCGCAAACCACCAGGACUGCUGCACCAUCCGCAGUUAUCUCAGCCGAGGAACAUGUGACAAAAGGCAUUGAAUGCCACGAAAGGGGAUCCCUUAACGAGUCUACCUACCAUCUACGAAUCGCAGCAAAACAAGAUCACCCAGUUGGAAUGUUGCUAUAUGCCCUGGCUUGUCGACACGGCUGGGGUAUGCGGCCAAAUCAACGGGAAGGUGUACGAUGGUUGCGCAAGGCUAUGGAUUCCGUCGGUUUAGAGCUUCUGGACGAAUCCAAUGCGGAACUGCCAGCAAAGGCACGGGAAUUGCAAAAAACCUACCGUGCUCAGUUUGCUCUGAGCGUCUACGAGCUUGGAGUAAGUCAUCUUAACGGAUGGGGGAUCGAGCAGGACAAAACCCUUGCGCUGCGCUGUUUUGAGACGGCUGCUCGAUGGGGGGAUGCCGACGCCCUCGCGGAAGCUGGUUACUGCUACGCAGAAGGCAUUGGCUGUAAAAAAGACCUGAAGAAGGCGGCAAAGUACUAUCGUCAGGCUGAAGCAAAGGGGAUGAGUAUGGUGGGAAACAGCUGGAUUUACAAGGACAAGUAUAUGUCCGAUGACGAGCCCAAUACUCGUUCGCGCGGCCGGCAAGCCAGCAAUGCCGACAAGAAGCAACGUAGCAAAUCUCGAACCCGCAGCCUGUUCCAGCGCAAAAGGUCCAACGCUACUGAAGCAUAG